GCCGAAGAAACCCCCGCGUGUCUGCGCCUAUUCACGGAGAAUCUGACUAGAAUCCACUACUCGCACGCCCAAGCUCAUCUGCACCGCAUUCAUUGCCUAUCUCCUCAAGGCUCGUGCACCCCGGAUCUUAACCGUCCCCUCGUUUUCGUUGACUGCGGAGGAAUGGAACCACGGCGCAAUGUGCGCUAUCGAGGUAUUGUCUCGUUGAUUGACAGAGAU